AUGGAAUGCGGCCGCGUGCUGCUGGUGCUGGCGCUGCUGAGCGGGGUGCGCGGCGCCGGGCCGGGACCUCCCACCACCCCCAUGGCUGUCUUGGCCUUCAAACAUGCUCUGUACAACGUGAGCAUUCCAGAGAACAGUCCGCCGAGAACAUACACCGUACAACCGCCCGCCGCUGACCCCAUGGGACUACAUCUACCGUCGCCAGACACUCGAGUCAGAUUUAGAAUUAGACAUGGCGACCGGGACAAGUUCUUUAAGGCGGAGGAGAGAGUUGUUGGCGAUUUUUGCUUCUUGUCUAUACGCACACGAACAGGAAACGCCGAUGUUUUGAAUCGUGAAAGGAAGGAUUUAUUUCGUUUAGAAAUAAGAGCCACAGCACACUUUCCGAAUGGACGACAGCUAGAAGCGGACACGACGGUGGUUGUUGAGGUGACCGAUGAAAACGACCUCAGUCCGCUUUUUUAUCCGACGCAAUAUGAAGCCCUGGUAGCCGAAGAUACUCCACUACAUUCAAGUAUUGCUCGAGUUUCCGCAGAAGACGCUGACUUGGGCAUUAAUGGUGAAAUUUAUUAUAGCUUAGCUGAAAAAACGGACCGGUUUGCUGUGCAUCCUACGAGUGGCGUGGUGACAAUCACGAGAUCAUUGUCUAUUAUGGAGAGUUCUCGUCACGAAGUUACAGUUUUAGCCCACGAUCGAGCCUCGCUUAUAUCGCACGGUACGGAAGCUCCAGCAGCGCGCGCUACACUGUUAGUACAUGUCAUUCAAGCUAAUUUAAACGCCCCUCAACUAAAUGUUCGUCACCUGCCAGUACUAAUGGAAAAUUCUUCAGCUGAAAUUUAUGCAAUUGUUGAAGUGACCGAUAAGGAUACUGGAGAACAUGGUCGAAUUGCUUCUUUGGAAAUUGUUGACGGCGAUCCAGAUGGCCAUUUUAGAGUAAAAAACUCAGCGCAACAAGGAGAAUAUGAUAUAAUAGCGCAUGCGUUGCUAGACCGACAAAACGCUCCGCUUGGCUAUAAUCUUACGCUUAAAGCAACGGAUGCGGGAAAGCCACCACGAUCUUCCUACUUGACGCUACCAAUAACGCUUCUAGACAUUAAUGAUAAUUCACCUGUUUUUAGUCGUGAAAUUUAUGAAGCAAGCUUACCAGAGACUGCACCACCUAAUACUCCAGUAAUCAGGCUUAAAGUAAGUGAUCGAAAUCAAGGAAACAACGCCCGUGUUUAUAUUGAAAUAGUUGGAGGAAAUGAAGGUGGAGAGUUUAUAGUAAAUCCAGACACUGGUGUUUUAUACACUGCAAUUGCGUUGGAUGCUGAAGAAAAAUCUUUAUACACUCUUACCGUGUCUGCAAUAGAUCAAGGUAAUGCUGGAGUUAGAAAACAAUCGUCUGCUAAGGUCAAAAUUGCUAUAAUUGAUGCUAACGAUAAUGAUCCUGUUUUUGAACGGGAAGAAAUUGAAGUUUCUCUACAAGAGAAUGGUGCCACUGGUGUGAUCGUGGCCAGAAUUGUCGCACGUGAUGCUGAUUCGGGAGAAAAUGCAUACAUUUCAUACAGUAUUGCAAAUUUACAACCGGUACCUUUUGAAAUAGACCAUUUUUCAGGCGCUGUAAGGACGACCAGACUACUAGAUUAUGAAAGCAUGCGACGAGAAUAUAUAUUACAGAUUCGCGCGAGUGAUUGGGGACUACCAUAUCGCCGCCAAGCUGAAAUGCGUUUGACUGUCAGGCUCGAAGAUGUCAAUGACAACAGACCACAAUUUGAACGCGUGGACUGUGUUGGUUAUUUAUCCCGAAGUCUUGCUAUUGGUGUAGAAAUUGUAACACUUUCUGCUAUAGAUUUCGACUCUGGUGAUGUCGUAUCAUAUCGUAUUAUAGGUGGAAAUGAAGACAACUGUUUUUCUCUUGAUUCUAGUACAGGUGUACUUAUAUUAGCUUGUGAUCUAAGUGAUCUACGCACCGAAACUAGAAUCCUUAAUGUUACUGCGACUGAUGGGACUCAUUUCGCUGAUGCUGCAACACUGACAUUACACCUAGUAAGUGGAAGCGCUGGUGGCAGUAGUAGUUCAGAUUCAGCCAAUCUGGAGUGCCGAGAUACUGGUGUAGCUCGCCGAUUGACAGAAUUACUAGCUGCUGCCGAACGCAGUAACGCACCGAUUGAUUUCGCUGAAGAUUUCCCACUUGCUCCGAGUCGAUACGGUGAAAAUUUACAUUACCCAGAAUUUAUUGAUUUUCCAGUGGAAAUAAAAGUUAACGAAUCUGUAGCCCUCGGUACAUCGCUGGUUCAUCUUCGGGCCCGCGAUAGAGAUCUAGGAUACAACGGUCUUCUAGUAUAUGCCAUAUCUGGAGGUGACGCCGACUCGGCGUUCCGUAUAGAUCCCGCUACUGGUGAAUUAAAAGUUAUCGGCUACCUCGACCGAGAACGGGAAAGUGAAUAUUAUUUAAAUAUAUCUGUAUAUGACCUCGGCCAUCCGCAGCGGUCAGCCUCCAGGUUACUGCCUGUAACAGUCCUCGAUGUAAAUGACAACCCUCCAAAAUUUGAAAAAACAUUGGCCAGUUUCAGAGUUACCGAAAAUGCCAUCAAUGGGACUGCCAUAUUCCAUGCAAAUGCUACUGAUCGCGAUAGUGGUGAUUAUGGUCACGUGACAUACACUCUAAGCGGUGGAGGUGAAGAUGAGUUUUGUAUCGAUAGGGAAAGUGGUGUUUUAUUAGUAUGUGCGCCGCUAGACAGGGAGCGGAGAGCUCUGUAUGAGAUAACGAUACGCGCCACGGAUGGAGGCGGACUGAGAGCCGAGGCUUUAGUUCGGGUUGCAGUGGACGAUGUAAACGACAAUGCGCCAAAAUUUUCAUUAUCAGCCUACAGCGCCCGUAUACGAGAGGAUGUCCCCAUUGGAACACUGGUUGCCGUCUUGGAAGCGUUCGACCCGGAUUUAGGAGCCGGUGGAAUCGUUUCAUAUUCUUUACCCGACCAAGCAAAUGAUGAUAUAACUUUUACCGUUGAUAGUACCUCUGGAACCUUACGUACAGCAAAACGACUAGAUUUUGAGGAAAGACAGGUGUACGGCGUCACAGUUCGUGCAACAGACGGUGGGCGACCGGCCUUGUGGUCGGAAGCAACUCUCAUAGUAGAAGUAGCAGACGUCGAUGAAAAUGCGUACACGCCUCUGUUUGCGGAACGACAGGCGCUCGCUGCCUCGGUCCCGGAGGACGCCCCGCCCGGCACGGCGGUGCUCACGGCGGCCGCCACGGACGCCGACCCGCCCGGCAGAGACUCACGGCUCGCCUAUUACAUCGUCGCUGGCUCCGGGAAAGCACACUUUUCUAUCGACGAUACCGGUGUCGUGAGGACGCAAACACCAUUAGAUCGGGAGACGACCGCUCACUACUGGCUCACAGUUUGUGCUCAGGAUCACGGCCUCGUACCGCGUCAUUCUUGUGUCGAGGUGUACAUAGAGGUGGAGGACGUGAACGACAUGUCCCCGUGGCCGGAGCGCGCGGAGUACUCGGUGAGCGUGGUGGAGCAGUGCGCGGCCGGCACCAGCGUGGCGCGGGUCGUGGCGGUUGACGGAGACGCCUCGCCCACACCCGCCAGCCUGCGGUACUCCAUCGUAGCGGGGAACCCGGACGGACUGUUCUCUAUAGACGAGUACACGGGUUUGAUCACGACGACCGGGCGCACCCUGGACCGCGAGGCGGCCGCCAGCCACGCGCUGGAGGUGUCGGUGAGCGACGGGCGGCUGGCGGGCAGCGCGCGGGUCCGCGUCACACUGGCCGACCUCAACGACCACGCGCCCGCCUUCACGCAGAGGUUCUACGACGUGAGGGUGCCCGCGCCCCCCACACAGGACGACGAAGCGACCAGGGUCGAGGGUCACGACAUCAGUUCAGAACUCGACAACGAAUCUGACGCAGAGGAAGAAGAAGAAGGUUCAGGAGCUCACCAGGCGUGGGACGAGUGGGACGAGGCGCCGAGCGGAGUAUACGUGACGACGGUGGCGGCCCUGGACGGAGACGCGGCGGAGAACGGCACCGUGCGGUACAGCGCGCGGGGGAGGGGAGGGGCGCGGGGCCUGCUGCGGGUGCAGGCGCGCUCGGGCCGGGUGUACGCCGCGCCGCGCCUCGCCCUCGCGCCGGCCCUCGCCUACGACCUGGCGGUCCGCGCGUGUGACUGCUCCUCCAAGCCCCGCUGCAGCGUGUCCCGUGCUCGUGUGCGCGUGGUGCCUGCGGGCGGCGGGCGCGCCCCGUCCGUCCGCUCGGUGCCGCCGCUGCAGGUGGCGGAGCUGGACGCGCCCGGGUUCCUGCUGACGCUGCUGCAGGCCGCUGACCCCGACGGAGACGCGCUCUACUACGACAUCGUCGACGGUGACCCGAGGCAUCAGUUCUACGUGGGUCGAGAGGACGGCAGCCUGGUGCUGGCGCGACGACUGCUGUGGGAGGAACAGGCGCGGUACGGACUGAACGUGUCCGUGAGCGACGGGCACAACCUGGUGUACACCACGGUGAGGGGGAGGGAUAUAGAAGGAACUGGGAGGAGAUCGGGAGGUGGAGCAGUUCGUAAAUAUCAAAGACAACUCCGCUCGCAGGUGAACAUAACCGUCAUCAACGAUGCCAACGAGGGCGGAGUGAACUUCUCCCGCAGCGAGUACUCAGUGGAGGUGUCGGAGUCGGCGCGCGCGGGAGAGACCCUGGUGACGCUGCAGGCCGCGGCCGGCGCCGGCGCACGCCUGCUGUACGGACUGAGCGCUGCACGGGCGCCUGCACACGCCGCGCUGUUCAGACUCAACGAGCUCACCGGCGCCCUCGAACUGGCGCGGACACUGGACAGAGAGACGGCGGCCGUUCACGAGCUCACCGUGUGGGCGCGGGACCAGGCGCCACGGGCGUCCGUGGCCUACGCCCGCGUCACGGUGCGAGUUCACGACGCCGACGAACACGCCCCCGAGUGGGGGCGGCGCCUGUACGAGGCGCGAGUGGAGCGCGGCGCGGCGCCCGGGACGCUGCUGGCGGCGCUCCGUGCGGCCGACCGGGACGCGGGGGACGCCGCGCGGAUCCUGUACUCGCUCGUGGGAGGAGACGCGGCCGGCUCGUUCACCGUGGACGCGGAGCUGGGUGACGUGCGCCUGGCGCGCUCGCUCCCCGCCGCGGGGCCCAAGGACUACACCCUGCACGUCCGAGCCUCCAACCCUCCUCCGUUCUCGAAGUCGUCCACGUUACCUCUUCACAUAGUCGUGGUCGAGCCGGAAGACGCCCCGCCGAGAUUCACGUCCGAGGAGGUCGUGUGUGAGGUGUAUGAGAACGAGCCCGCGGGGUCGCUGGUCGCCACGCUGGAGGCCCGCAGCUCGUCUUCCGUGUGGUACUCUCUGGAGGGAGGCGAGGGUCGCUUCUCUCUCAAUCCUUCUUCCGGCGUCCUCUCCCUGGCCUCGCCUCUGGAUUACGAGACGCAGGAUAUGUAUAACGUGACAGUCGUCGCGCUCAAUAUGGGCGGCGGCAGCGCCCGAGCUCGAGUUACGAUACAUGUCCUAGAUCGUAAUGAAUUCCCGCCGGUUCUUCUCCGCCACGAAUAUCACGGUCGCAUAUCCGAGGCGGCCGCUGUGGGUGCACUAGUCAUGGACGCGUCGCUGGGUGUGGGCGAGGCUUUAGUUUUCGAGACGUCGGACGGUGAUUCGUCCGCCAACAGACAGCGAGCCUUCGAGAUCGUGGAGCCGAGCGCGGCCGGCCUGUUUCGCAUCGACCCGACCACGGCGGCCCUGCAGCUGGCCGCGCCUCUUGACUACGAGGAGCGACGGCUGCACGUGUUCACAGUCAAGGUCCUCGACAUGGGCAUGCCGCGGCUCCCGUCCGACAGCGUGGCCCGCGUGUCGGUGGAGGUGACCAACUUCAACGACUGUCCUCCAGUGUUCUCUCGCUCCGUGUACGAGGCCACCGUGCUGCUGCCCACGGCCGCCGGGGUCCGGGUCCUCACCCUGAACGCGACCGACCCUGACCAGUUGGACUCGCUCGAUGCUCUGAAGUACGACAUCAUAGACGGUGACGUCCGCGGCGCCUUCUCCCUGUCCCCGGCGGGCGUGUUAUCCGUAUCGGAGGCGGGCGCGCUCGGCGGCGCGGGCGGCCUGCACCGGCUGAGGGUGCGCGUGUCUGACGGACUGUACUCGGGGACGGCGCGCGUCGACGUGCGGGUGCGGGAACCGGACAACUCGGGGCUCGCCUUCCAGAAGGCUGACUAUUAUGGCUCGGUCGUAGAGAACACCACCAAACCGGCCACGAUAGCCGUGCUCAACGUCCUCGGGGCGGCCUUGAACGAGCACGUGGCGUUCCGGAUACUCAAUCCUGUCGAAGGAUUCGAGGUGGGUCUGACAUCGGGCGCUGUGCGGAGCACGGGCGUGGCGCUAGACCGCGAGCAGCGAGACUCGUACACGCUGCUGCUGCAGGCGCGGAGUGCGGGCGGCGGCGCCGAGCGCGUGGCUCACGCCCGCGUACACGUCGCCGUCACCGACGUCAACGACAACUGCCCCGUGUUCACGGAGCGGCCCUACAUAGCGGCGGUGCUGGCCGGCGCCGAGCCCGGGACGCCCGUGAUACGAGUACACGCGGUGGACCAGGACGCUAACGACAACGGAGAGGUGCAGUAUAACAUACAUGUGACUUGUGAUAGGACGCGGGGACACGCUGACACGGACACGUGA